AUGGGCGUCCCUCUCGUCGAACCCGAGUACGUCUUCGGGCUAAGGGGGGGCGUGACGGAGUGCGUCGUGCACGUGGACACAGACACGGUGGCGUAUCCUGCGGGGUCCUACCUGGUCCUCCACGACACGGCCAAGCAGCAGCAGCACUUCGUCAGUCUCACGGAGGAAGCCACUCCGACCGCCUUGGCCAUAUCGCCCAAGAGGCAAUACCUAGGCGUAUGUCGCGCGGGAGACUCGGCGGCGGUGAGCGUCUGGGACGUGGCGGCCCGCAAGCGGCUGCGGUUCCUGAGCUGCGCCGAGAUGGUGAGCGAGCGCUACGUGGCGGCGGCGUUCAGCCCCGACGAGCGCAUGGUGGUUGCGCAGGGCGGCCCACCUGACUGGACGCUCGUGCUCUUCCUGUGGGAGAAGGGGAAGGUGUUCUCGGUCCUGCGCCUAAGUGACACCCCUGGCCUGGGUCCUGUGUCGAGUGUCACCUACCACCUGGAGGACAACGGGAUCCUCUCUGUGGUGGGAGAGCGGGUCCUCAAGCUCCUUAAGCUCAACGACAAGCUCCUCAAGACGUGGGGGUACCAGGGGGGCCACAACCACAACUGCCAGUGUCAGGUGUGGGCGGACCAACACACGCUGCUCGUGGGCACGGACGUCGCCUCGGUUCUGCUGCUGGAGGAGGGAGAGCUGAGGGCGGAGAUUCGGGUCACGCAUCCAGAUCUUGGGCCAGAAUGCGACAAAAAGACAUCGGGAGAAGGCGUGGCAGCUCUCGGGGGGCGUGGCCUAGGACCCCGUCACCGCCGCGUCACCGCCCUCAAGGUGUUCGUUGGGGGGUUCCUGUGUGCUUGCGGCCCCGAUAAGGUGUUCGUCUUUCAGAAGAGUGAUGACGUCAAUGAGCACUAUUUCCAGGUGGCCCGUAACCAGUGCCCUGAUAUUCCACCACAGCGCUACAUGCUCAGAAUAUGCGAGCCUUCCCCGGCGGCCCUGGUCAGCGGGCGCGGAGAACACACUAUCACGACCCUCUCUCUCUCUCCCGGCGAGAAGAACAUCGUCGCAGCCACACACACGCGCCAGCUGUUCACGAACCCUCUGCCUUCGCUCGAGGCGGCUAAGCUCCCGAGCCUCAUGUUCUCCCCCCUCCACGCCCGCCACCACGAAGGCGGGGUCGUGGACGCCGACGGGUGCCUGUGGAAGACCAUCGUCGUGAGCGGGGGCCAGGAUCGCACCGUCAGGGUGUGGGACUACCAGGAGCACUCUCUCCUCCUCACACACGCCUUCAGGGAGGAUAUAUUCUCCCUUUCGCUCCACCCUACUGGCCUCCACGUCGCGGUGGGCCUCACCGACGCCUUGAGACUCCACCACGUACUCUUUGACUGCCUCCGCCCGUACUCCGAACUCCGAAUCAGGAGGUGCGGCGCGUGCAGCUUCUCGCCGAGCGGAAACCUGCUGGCGGCGGCCGACGGAAACCUCCUGGUCAUCACCUCCAACGUCUCCCUCAGGAAGAUCUUCACGCUGAAGGGGCACUCGGCGAAGGUGACUGGCAUAGGCUGGUACCCAGACAGUUCAGCAGCCAUGACCUGUGCGGCGGAUGGCACUGUGGUGGGCUGGGAUGCACACAAAGGGCAGUCUAUUUGGGAGGUGUCUUCCCUCACAUCCUCGAAUUACCUGACGUGGACUCUCUCCCUCGACGGCAAACCCACGGUGGUCGUAGGUCACGGGUCUUCCUUCACCGAAAUCACAGGUGGUCAGAUGGUCCAAGACAUCACUUAUGAACCGGGUGACCUAACCUGCGCCGGCCUUUCCCCUGUAAAGACUCUCGUGACCCUGGGAUCUACAUCAGGUCAGCUGGUGGUCAAUAAAUACCCUCUGCACAUGGCACAGAAGUUCACGGCAUUUCCGGCACACAGUGGCUCUUUGAACAAGGUGUUUUAUUUCUGCAUUAAUGUGCUGGUGACGGGCGACGAGAGCAAGGUGGUGACGUGCGGCGCGGACGGCGUGAUCCUGGUGUGGCGAGUGGCGGCCUUGGAGGAGGACUCCCCGGGGUACCUGGCGGCGAGAGAGAGGCUGGAGGACUUGCCUCGCGUCCCGGAGAUGCUGGUGACCCGAACUGACCUUCAGAAAACGCGCCACCACCUGGAGGAGCUGGAGCGUCGCGUCUCCUACCUGUCCAGGGACAAGGAAGUCCACCUGGGUCUUCAGCAGCAGGAGUUCGCCGCGAGCAGGGAUGCUUUGGUGGCCCGAUACCAGACGAUCGUCGACCAAAUGAACGACACGAUACAGACCCUGGAGAAGGAACGCGAGCAGCUCAAGGACGGUCACAAGGGCUCCUUGGCCAAGCUCGCCGAUGAGCACAGCAAUGUCAUGGCAGAACACCAGCAGGAGUUGAGGAAGAAGCUCCUCUACGAGUACUCGAAGCAGGACAAACUCGAGGCCAAGCUGAAAGAGAUGCAACAGACGCUCGACAGACAAGUCGAGGAAGCAGAGAAGAGGACCCGCCUGGAGCUGCAGGAGAGGCUGGACCAACAAGAAGGGGUCGUUGAACAGCUCAAGAUGGAUCUCGAGAAGCUGCUUUUCAGACUAACCAAUACAACGGCGGAGCUUGAACGCGAGAGGAGCGAAGGAGCGGAGAUCGUGCGCCUGGUGGAGGCGGCGACGGAGGCCGAACUAGGCCAAGUAAGGUCGAGUCUGCACGCCCAGCUGGCGGAGGAGCACCAGAACGUCAUCAGACUGCGCAGUGAGAUGGCAGCCAUGAGGAAGAACUUCGUCACAGUGCAGAGGGAACGAGAGCAGAAGGAGGAGGACCUGAGGGCGCUGACGGACGACAAGACGAAGCUGCAGUCGUCCAUUCGAGGUCUUGAGCGCGAGCUGGCUGCCCUCAGGCGCGAGGUCAACCACAGGGACGACAUCAUACACGACCGGGAGAGCAAAAUCACCAACACAAGGGAGAGAAUCGGGGAGCUCGAGAAGCAGAGGUUCCUCCUCGACCAUCAACUCGGCCAACUCAAGGAGGAGCUCGAGCCACUGCAGGCGGCGCUGGAUCAGAGGUCCCAGCAGAUCAAGCAGAUGGAAGAGGAAAUGAGCGAGACGCGGCUGGUGGUGAGCGCCCGGGACCGUCAGGUGAAGGAGCUCGGGCAGCGGCUGGUGACGGCGGGGCAGCAGUCGCGGCAUUUGCAGCAGAGGAACCACAACCUUGCGACGACUCUCACGCGCGUCUUGGCCGAUCUCGCUUCGGCAACGCACCUCAUUCAUCAUCCGAAGAAGCUCAAAGAUGCUAUUAAGACUCUGAACGACAAGUACGUUCAGAGCGGACGAUUGAAGGAGUUCUGGACCCGACCUGAUUUGGACAAGAUUGCCACCUCUUCUGCUGACGACAUGGCCAAAGCCGAUUCGAUGGGCGAGGAAGCGGUGCCGGAACUCCUGCGCCAGAGGGAGAUGCUGGAGCGAUCUGUGGCGACCCUCCGUGCACAGGCGCAGAAGCAGGCGCGAGCCAGCAAGGACCGGAUCACCACACUCGUUAAGGAGAACAGCGACCUCCUGUCCUCCGUGAAGACGCUGGAAUCCCGAAGCUGGCGUCUCGAGGAGGACCUCCGCCAGGCUGAGAGCAUGGCAGGGCUGCGGGAUCCUCGGUCAGGGCGUCGCAAGGCCUCGAGGGAUCUACUAGUGCAGACGGUGACUCGCCAGGCGGACACCAUCGCUCGCCUGCAGGACCAGAUCAGGACGCUGCAGGAGAACCAACGGAAGGAAGAGGGAGGCGACGAAGACGACCAGACCGGCGACGCGAAACCUAAGCCAGCGGAGUCAGAAGACGUCGAUGGCGCCAAGCAGUCUAUCGCGCCACAAGAGGAACCGGCGGCGGUGCCAGCUGCAACGGCGUAG